AUGCCUUUCGCAUUUCCGAAACUCCUGCUGUCAGCGAGCAGGAGGCCCUUGACCAGGUUUCGCGGCAUGUCGCAAGAUUUGGCUCGGCACGCGGGUCUCGUAUCAGAGCGUGUAGAUAGGCUCAGAUAUCGUGCCAUGGUGAGAUGCGGAGCCCACAAAAUAUGGCUGCUCUUUCCAGUCGUCAUUGGUAUGGUGGAGUCUGCCACCGUUAAAGUGAUGAUGCUUCACAACUCUUUCCAGGCAAACGCAGGUUGGAAGGAAGGUUUCUACGACUUCUUCGUUCCCUAUGUGAACAUCCAGGGCUUUACCAUAGCAGGAGGAACUGAGAAGUAUACAUUGGACGUAUCGCUCUGCGAGGAGGACCUUUCGGUAGAUGCCUUGACCAAGGUCACCGCGUGUGUAAACCAGGCUGAAGCACAGGGUGUGGAUGCAAUCGUCGUGGGAACCUCGAGUUCUAAUGACGACGUCAAAACCGCCGCAGAGGCCUACGGCAUCCCCAACCUGCACUGCUCAGGUGGGAACCCCAUGUCCUGGACGGCAGCGACACCUCACGCUUUCGGUCUGCACUUGCCAUUUCCUUGGUACUCCAGGGGCCCGAUCCGCCAGGCUGCGCUCUUGGAGCUGAAAACCGUUGUCGUCAUCCGCAACUACGACUGGGGCUUUCCCCGCAUCUCUGCCGUCGCUGCAAUGGAGUGGAGCCUUGAAAGCUCCAUGCAGGUAAUUGGGCCCACAUUGGCCUGGUGCCAGAGGUGGGCCAACAAGACAACAACCUGCGGCAUCCAGAACGGCAAUUGCCGAUGUGGCACACAGACGGAGUUCGACAACAUGGGCUACAAGUACAACGUUGCAGACAUGCCAAGCUUCUAUGAGGUGUCCGAGGCCCUGGUUGUAGAGCCAGGUUUUGACACGCGGGGGCCUGGAAUUUCUCCAGCUUUGGUCGAGUUCGUGGAGGGGAUCAUUCAGGAUGUUCGCUCUCAAGGAGGUGAUCCUGAUAUGGUGGUCAACUGGCUGGCCGCAGCGCGAAGUGGUUUGAUGGCCAUGAUGAAUCAGAAGUUCGGCUACCGGAUGUACUUCGGAGGGCCGAACUAUCCAGGCACUGCUUGGAACGGUUAUGAGACCUACUGGGCCAAUGGCUCCGUGGCUCUGGGCCAGGAUCAGGCCUUGUACAAUAUCGGGGGAGGUCAGUGGCACCACGAAAUGGGCUUUUCCGACCCCAUCUUCGGCAGCAGCGCGCAGAUGAAAUCCGUCUUCAUCCAGCAAUUUGGGAAGAAUCCGGGCUACGAUGCGGCGGCUUGUAUGGCCGCUGGCAUCUCCAUCACCUUCGGCCUGCAAAAGUACGGACAAGCUCUGGAUGGCCUGACUUUGGCACAGCGUCGAGAAGAAGUUCGCAUGUCGGUGGGCACGCUGAAUGACGAGACCCUGUACGGAAUGAUCCGGUUCAAUCGCUUCAACCAGAACAACGGCCGCAUGAGCGUGAACUGGCAGAUACUCGAGGAUGGUGACACCAGGCCUGUGCUCCCGCCAGAGGCAGCGGCCACGCCCUUCCGCUUCCCGAGCCCAAGCUGGGACGCACGCUUGGGCUGCCCAGUUGGCACUUAUGCCGGCGGGAGUGCCACCCUCGAUGUCCCGACACAGUGCAUCUUGUGCCCCGAGGGAAGGUUCCGUGAUUCCAUGAGCCAGGGACUGAACUUCUCGGAGUGUCAACAAUGCCCGGAAGGCAUCGGGACGUUGCCGGGUGUUACCGGGUCCACCGAGUGCAGCUCCUGCCCGGCGGGGCGCUAUCAGAACGGUGAGUCCGAUCGUGGCGUUUGCAACCAGUGCCCGUUGGGUACGGCAAGAGCCGGUAACAGCGCGGGAGGCUGCAGUUUGUGCGAUUCAGAGACCUACGCCGACGAACGAGGCCUUAAUGAGUGCAAGCCUUGCCCCGCUCGGAGCUCGCAGUCCGAUGUAGGGCAGACAUUUUGUAUUUGUGAUGUGGGUGCCUACAAGGACCCCGAAGAUGCAACGCCCAUAGGCACCGUUCAAAGCUGUUUGGCAUGCGAGCUGAUCCUUCCGGGCAGCACAACGCUGUAUCCCAGUUCCAAGUAUAGUCAUGAGUGUGUUUGUCCUGCUGGCACUUUCUGGCACCGAACUUCUGCAACAACGAACGUGGCGGAGUGCAAGGAGUGUGGCACCGGCCUAAACUGCAAGGGAGGCCGCAUGAUGUCCAGCGGUGGGCGUCGACUGAAUGCAACCAUUCCACCCCAUCAGCCUCCUCUACAGUCUGUGGGCUACUCAGCUGGAGCCCAGCCUUUCGAAGGAGGUGACCCGUCUUACAUCGUCGAGUGCAGCAGUGCCACCCGGUGUCCUGGGGACCUGCCACUUGGCGAAUGCCCGGGCAACAACCGGGGCAAGGCUUGCCUCACCUGCCUUCCGAACAAUUACGACGAUGGCUCUACUUGCCUGUCGUGUGAGGGUGGCACAUUCACUAUUUGGCCUCUGUUUGUGGCACUCUUUGCUGCCGUGGUCCUUGUUUUGGUACUCUACAAGUUUGCGACGAAGGUCGAUAAACCUCACAGAGACUCGUUGAUGACAGUGACGAUUGGUGCUGGGCUGGCCAUCGCGACAGUGCAGACGCUGUCCGCAUUUUCCAAGGUCGAAGUACAGUGGGUCGAGCCGUUGAAAACGCUUCGGGGCUUCUUGUCCUUCUUGACCUUUGACAUCGGCAUCCUUCGUCCUGGCUGCUGGUUCGGGAAUGUUGACCCGCUGCAGAACUACAUUGGAUCCUUGAUCAUGUACCCAAUGGGUGCCGGUGCCGUCAUGCUGGUCUUUGCUAUCGCGAAAUAUGUGCUUAAAAAGGAGAUCUCUCUCAACCAGGUUAUCAAUGCACAGGGCUUGAUCGUCUCCGCAGUCUUCAUUGCUUUGACGUUUUUGGCCGUGAAGCCUUUUCAAUGCGUCGGGAACCCCGAUGGCACGUCCUCCCUCGCGGCCUUCCGUGAUGUGAUUUGUUGGGAGAACGCCGACCACUUCGCCAUGGUGGGCCUCUCCUUGCUGCCUUUCUUUGGUGGUGUUGUGACCUUCAUGGGCCUUGUCAUUUGGGCUGUUAUUCAGUACCCCAUAAAGGUGGCGAAGCCUGGAGGAGUAAACUUCGUGAAGCGCUGGAAUUUCAUGUUUGCCCGCUUCAGCCCAACGGCUUAUUACUUCGCCUUCGUGCUGAAUAUGCGCAACCUGUUGAUCGGCCUCAUCCCGGUGCUCUUAGUGGAGUUUGCGGAGCUGCAGUUCAUGUUUCUUACGAUCACUGUGGCUGUGUACACAAUUUUGCAGGCCCGCAUCUGGCCAUGGCGCACGGCGAUGUCGAAUUACAUGGACUCAUGCCUGGCACUUUUCCUGAUCACUGUGAUCGUGGUGGGAAGCAUGCUGCUGGAUUUUGAUGUCCAGCGAGGAACUGUGUUCAUUCAGAUCAUCUUGAUGAUUGGCACAGUCUUGGCCUUCAUCGGCUUGGUGGUUUUGUUUGGCAUGGCGACCUACAGGGCCUACCGUCCCUCACGGACAUAUGGCAUCUUCCUGAGCCAUCACAAGCUCGGCGCCGCUGUUUUGUCCCGCUGGUGGAAGAUGAUGCUUUCUGAGCACAUCAAAGACAAGGUGUUCUUGGAUUCCGACGACGUCAACAAGCUAGAUGCCAUCAUCGACGUGACGGCAUGGGACUCGCAGAAUGUCGUGGUGCUUAUGACUCAGGAGACGUUGAAGAGAAUGUGGUGCGCUGCAGAAAUCGCCAGUGCGUGGGCUGCAAACACGAAUAUUGUUUUGGUGAGUUGCGACGGAAAUGGCUUUUCUGACGAACUGAUCCAGUCCCUCCCAUCUCUCUGGACAGAAGAGCAGCAGGCUACGUUGGCAAAUGCUGGGGUCACGAUGAAAAUGAUCGUCGAUUCUUACGAGGGCCUCAAAGUGCGAACGCCGAUCGAGCUUAAUCGUAAGGGUGCCAAGACCGGCGAGCACGAGCAUGCGGUGCAGCUUGCGGUCUCUCAAUGCAAAGGCCUGAGCAAGCGAAUGUUCGGCAAGAUGGCGCGGAGCGGUGCGAACCCUCAGGCGGAGGACGCUUCGUCGGGGAUGGUGAUGCUUGGAGACUUGACAACGCCCGAGUCGGGGAGCUGCUGCAAGGUGAUCCAGUCCAUGCUCCAGUCCAAGCUGCAGGAGUCCGUGGCUGUCCUCGAUCCGGAGAUAGAGGUUUCGAACCUGGAUGCGCUGGCCGAGAAGUAUGCGAAUGCGAAGGUGAUCCUGGUGAUUCUCACACAGGGUUUGCUUCAAGAUGCACUUUUCGCCGGUGCUUUGGCGACCUGCCCUGUGGAAGUGCGGGGGAACUUGGUUCCUAUCAAGGCAGACGAAAAUUUCAUUUACCCUGAUCCGGUCUUCUGGGAGAAACUUGCUGCCGGGCAGAUUUUCUCAGCCACCCAGCUAGCCACCUACAACACCGACUUCGAAGGGGUCAGAGCAGCUUACGCACGGCUCUUCAAUGUCUUGGCGCUGAAGUUUACUUCCCAUGGGAGCGAAAGCAUUCAGUCAACUGAAAUUCAAGUGAUGAACGGGCGCUUGGCCCCAAUGUUGGCAGCAGAAAAGGUUGCUUUGAAGCCGGGGGCGCCGAACAAACAGGCGUCAAAGCUGGAGGUAGUAGCUCCAGCGAGCGACAAGGGCAAAGUCGUCGACGUCAGUAACAUCAUCGAUGGCCCUCCGAGAGAGGACAUCUUGGAGGAGGACCCGAACUUUGAGAAAGAGAUCUCGCAUGCCUGGCACCGCUCGCACUCGGGAAGUAUUCUGGCUUCCCAGGUCUUCUGCGGAGUUGCUGCCGCCUCCAAGACGGAAAUCAGGAGGUGCCCGGCACCCACCAACUCGACAGAGGAUCUAUUGCGCUGCUUGGACUGGCGCCAGAGAACGGGAGAAACGGACUUCGAAGAAGUGUCACAGACCCCGACGGAGGCGGCGGACGAUGCCGCUGUGCAGUACUUCAAGGAGAUAUCGCGCAAUCGCGAGAGGGGAUGGCUGAAUUUUGACCUCCAGGUGACCAUCUUCACAGACGAGAUGCUUGGCGUGCUGAAAAGUUGGACGGAUGAUAGGACCGCCAUGCCGCGAGUCUACGUCCUGGGAGACUUUGAGCUUGCAUGCAAGUACAUGGAGGAGUCUGUAGGCUUUCGGUACUCCAUGGAGCAUUGGGUCCAUCAAGUCAUCUCGUCGAACGCUGCUAUGAUGGUUACGGAUGUACAGGACGCCGACUUUGUCUUUCUUCCCCACUGUGCCACAGGCGUCUUCAUGCAUAUGGUCGUGCAAGAUGAUUUGCGACGCCAGCGCCGACAGGCUGUUGGAAAUGCGCCGAACUCGUCGAGGCAAGUGGUUGAAACUUAUCUCGGUUAUGAAGGCAACCUCCCCGCCUCGACAGUUCUGAGGCUGGACACUUCAUACUUCAUGCACAAGGUGGAGAAGAUUUGGCAGCAAAAGCCAGAAUUUUGGCACUGCUGGAAACGGGCUAGUUGCAAGUUCCUCAUUGCGAGCAUUUACGCACGUCACGUGUGGCGAAGCUUUGCCGCCCACUUUGGAGACAAGAUAGUUUUCAUCACCCACGGCGGGAUGUCACCGUGGCUCCGAGAGCAACCCGACAGUUACUUCCUCAAAAUUCCAGGGGACGCGACUCCGUGGCUGCCUUCCGAUGGCAACGCCUGUCGAGCUUCCUGCGCACUGCACUGCCAGAUGGAGCCUCCUGCGAUUCUGCCUCAGGACAUCGUUCUUCCGUGGGUCAUUGCGUUUGAGUGGACCCACCGGGCUGCGAUGUACCGCAAUCGAGACAUUUUGGCCUUUUACAGUGGUACGCGAAAUUCUUGUUCUCGGGGGGUCCUCCACGAGGUCUUCGGCGAGCAGUUUGAGUCGGAGAUGGACUUCGAAGAGAACGUUCGGCGCGAGCGCAGCGCCAAGACCGGUGUGUUGAAGGACAGAGUCCUCAUUUUUCCGCCCGCUUUCAGACUACGCCAGCAGGACUGGUCGGAGCUUGCAUUCAGAUCCAAGUUGUGCAUUUGUCCCGAUGGUGACUCGCCUAAUACGGGCCGUCUCAUCGAGGUCAUCAUGCACGGCUGCGUCCCGCUGAUUAUUUCGAAUCGCUUGCAGCCCCCUUUCCACCAGUUGUUUGACUGGUCGAAAAUCGCCUUCUUUAUGCGCGAAGACGCGCUUCCACACCUGCCCCGCAUCCUCGAGCAGUUUAAAGGCCCAGAGGGUGAUCGACGAAUCCGGCAGAAGCGUCAUAGACUGGGAGAGAUGUCCCACCUUCUUGACUACUCACGAGACGGAGUUGCCUCGACUUUGCUCCUGACCCUGCGGGAACAAGCUUUUGACCUGAGAGACGCUUCUUCGUGA